UUAGGGUUUUCUUGAUCCUCUCCUAUGGCGCCGUCAGAGCCCUCCGCCGCUGAUCUCGCGGCCGCUGCCGCCGAGGCCACCGCCAAGACCGCUCUCUGGGCGCUCGCGGCCGCACUCCCCAGCAUCCGUGCCGUCGUGCCGGUCACCCUCGAGCUUUCAACCUCCAACUACCUCCAAUGGCGCGGCAUGUUCUCCGACGCUGUUGAGAAGUACGCCCUCGAGGAUGCUUACCCCACGGACCCCCCGCCACAGUGGGUCCGCAACGACGCCAUCGUCCGGUCAUGGCUCAACAGCGCCGUCGCGCCCGAGCUUCUCGCCAUGAUCGUUGACACCAGGACGCCACUGCCUGCACACGCCUUGUGGACGCGCCUCUCCAACAUCUACCACGACAACGCGGACACCCGCUCCUCCUACCUCGAGCAAGAGUUCCACGGUCUCCAACAGGGCUCCCUGACCGUGGCUGAUUACUGCCGCAAGCAGAAGGUUCUCGCCGACGAGCUCAAUGCGCUAGGCACGACCAUCACCGACAAACGCCUAGUCCAGAACACGCUUCGCGGUCUCGGACCUCGGCUUGCGUACAUGCGCACGUUGCUCCUGAAACAGCGUCCCCUUCCGCCGUUUCUCGACGUCCGCUCAUCUCUACUACUCGAGGAGCUCACGUUGCAGCAGCAGUCCGAGUCAUCCUCAACCCCGUCUGCCUUCGUCGCGCGCGGAGCCCCCACGCCUCCACCACCGCGUGGCUCUGCCGAAAAUACGGGACCUCCGCGGCGCCCGGAAGUCUGCCGCAACUUCCAGCGCUUUGGAACCUGUCGCUUUGGCGCACGGUGCCGUUACGUCCACUCCGCUUUUCCCCAACAACGCGGUGGCACCCCCAACACAUCCGGGAAGGGACCGCAGACUCCAUGGCCGUCGAUGCAGAACCCUUGGGCUGGGUCAAUCCAGAUGUGGCCAGGACCACCGCCACGGCCACCUCCACCGCCACGGCCACCUCCUCUUGGCCUGCCUCAGGCUCAUCAUGCCAUGCUAUCGGCGCCGCCUCCAUGGCCCUAUGGCUCUACAUCACCUAUGCCAUGGCCACCGGGAGCAGCUAUACCAUGGACGCCAGGAGUGACGCCAUCCGCCCCGCCACCUGCAUCCACAUACAAUCCAACCGCACCACCGCCAUCCUUCGACCAAGCCCAACUCAUGCAGGCUUUCAACACCAUGUCCCUGACACCACCAUCCUCGAAUGAGUGGUUCAUGGACUCAGGCGCCUCCGCUCACAUGACUGGCAAUCAGGGACUUCCGCACCAAGAACGAGAUCGUCAGGUGCAAUAGUUCUGAUGACCUCUACCCCCUCUGGUUGCCGGCCUCCACUGCGCACGCACUCUCCACCACCACAUCAUCAGCAACCUUGUGGCAUCGUCGUCUAGGACAUCUUAGUAGUCAAGCUUUGUCGCACCUAGCAAGUGCUUUUUCUUUUCCUUGUAAUAAAAAUGCUACCGAUAAUCAGUUAUGUCAUGCUUGUCAAUUAGGGAAA